AUGAAAAGUUCUCAAACUAAUUAAAACCUGGCAUAAUUGCGUGAUUACUAUAGCAAAAUACCAGUAUUAAGUACAAGAGCAAACAAAUAAGAAGUUAAAUCUUAAAUGCCUCAAAAAGUAAGCCAAUAAUAUUCAAACCAUUUAGAUGGAAAAUAAAGAUAAUCUUUAAAAGUGAAAAAUCUACUUAUGAUUAAUGACGAUUAAGUAAAUUAAUUCAUUAUUUAUAAGAAACUGUUUCAUAAUGUUUAAGAGAGCAUAUAAUCUUAUAGAAGCCCAAAAAACUGGCUAAAAUAUGAAUAAGAGAGCCUGGAUUAAGGAAAUAAGGGAUAAUAAAGAAUGCUGUCUCCAAAUGAAUAUAACAAUAUGAUUGAAUAUUUGUAGAGAAAAAAUGAAAAAUUAGUUCAUGAAAAUAAAUAAAAGGAGUAACUCAUUAAUAAAUUAUUGGGGGGAUGUAAUAGAUCUAAAAGGAUAAAGAAAAACCAAUUACCUAAAUCCUUAUAGUUAUUAAAAUAAAUUCCAAAAUCAGCUGAUGCUAAAAAUAAGAUGGAAACAGAAAUUCGUUUGCCUUUAAUUAAGACACCAGAGCCAUCAUUAGUUAAUUUAAGAAUGGAAUUUAAAAAUGAAAGAAAUGAGCUGUUCAAUAUAUAUAACAUGAGUUUUGGAAAAUAAAUUAAUUUAAAUGAAGAAAAAAAUGAAUAGUUAGAAUUGAUAUCAAAUUACAAUAAAUAAGGCAAUCUGAGAGAAAAAAUAUAUUCAUAACCUAAUCAACCUUUGAAAAAGAAUCAUUUUUAAAAGUUUCUUUUGAAAUUACCUUAGGAGUUUCAUUUAGAUAUGGAUAAUCAAAAAAGGUAACUUUGA